GAAAUCGGCUUAGAUUCAAUACACCAAUAUACAUCGUCCUCUUCAAUUGCAGUCCACUUUCAAUUCGAAAUAAAAAGUUGGAUAAAAAAUUUUUAAGCUCUUCGGUUGCUUUACUGAAUCUGUGAAUAUAUUAGAAUCCACUAUAAGACUUCAUUUCCAACAAUGUCGCAUGACCGCGAAAUACUAAGGAUGAUCUGGGAAGGCCAAAUUCCGAUAUGUUUCCAAGCUGAUUCGGAGGAAAUAGUUGGUUUGCAACAACCUGAGAAUUUCUACUUAAUGGUUUCGCGAUUAAGUUAUCUGCCAUUAGUAACAGAUAAGGUAAAAAAAUAUUUCAGUCGGUACAUUUCACAUGAACAACAGGACGGAAAUAUAUGGUUCGACUACAAUGGGAUUCCCUUAAAGUUACAUUAUCCAAUUGGAGUAAUCUAUGAUCAGUUGCAUCCUGACGAUGAUGGAGUUCCAUGGAAUCUAACAAUACAUUUUUCAAAGUUCCCCGAUGACGUAUUAGUAAGGAUUUCAACUAGAGAACUUUUGGAAUCACAUUUUAUGUCAUGCCUGAAGGAAGCCGAUGUUCUUAAACAUCGCGGUCAAAUAAUAUCUUCAAUGCAAAAAAAGGAGCAUAACCAGUUGUGGCAAGGAUUGAGCAAUGACAAAUUCGAUCAGUUUUGGGCUAUUAAUCGGCGGUUAAUGGAGCCAAGUGGAGACCAAGAGACAUUUAAAUGCAUUCCUAUACGGUUUUAUUCUGAAGAUGAUGUCUACAAUCAGAAGUUAAUUUCUCCCUUGAAUAAAAGCGGGCAAAAGAAAACCCUUGGCGAAAUGAUGGUUGAGUUAUCAUCACCUCUUAGGAAAAUUGUUGAAAUACGAACACACGGUAUCAGCGUUCAUGAUGAAGUAAAUUUGCAGUGGCUAUCCGAGCAUCUGAGUUAUCCCGAUAAUUUUUUACACUUAUUUUUAAUUUAUGAAUCUAACUCUUCAUUGCCUCUUCUUUCUUAAAGCAAAUGUGAAUAGUUUCCUGUAACUGUAAGUGUACAAAAUUAAGAAACUCUCUGCUAAUUCGCAAACGUUUUUUCGCAUACUUACGGUAUAAAAAUUGCUCCAUUGAAAAAUUGGUUUAUAUUAAACUAUAAUUUUCAUAAAUAAAAUAGUAAUCGCGGAAAUUCAGCUCUCCAGUUACCAAGAAA